UAGUUCUGAUCUAUACAAACAAGCCAGGUUAUUCUACUUUUAUUUAAAUUAUAUGAUAUUUUUAAAGCGCAUUAGAAUAUUGUUAUAACUUAUAGCGCUAUAUAAGUUCAUUAAUUAAGUUAAGUUGAGUUAAGUUAUGUCGGAAGACGACUACGAGUAAGAAAUUUUCGUUCUGAGCACGCGCAAAUUGUUUAAAUGUGCAAAAAAAAUUGUCCCUUAGUCUUAGAUUACGAUUACAGUUUUGCUACAAAAAGCUGUAACCUUAUUAAUUAUUGAUUACCCUCUCAUAUGCCUGUGUCUUGUUGUUUGGCUACAGUACUCAUGUGCCCGUCUCUCAGUGUUUACAUGUGUCUCAGUGUUUUUAAACACUUAUCAUCUUUUAGGUUUGAGUCCUUUUUGCUAUAUCUGGGUUGCACUGUUACUAUCAGCUAAAUUCACGAUUCAUUUACUGCUCACGUGCCUGACAUGCGCUGUUGUUUUGUCCGCAGAAUGCCCUUGUUUUUGUCUGUUACAAAUUUAAAUGCUUCGGCGACGCCAUAAUUUCGAAAGAAAAUUGUCUUUUAUAUGCAAGAAUUGUGCAGAAUUGUAUUGUGCAGCCAACUUACCGUAAAUCCUCCUAUUAAACCCCCCCUUGAGAGGGGGCUUAUUUAAUUUCGCGAAACGCAUUACCGGACUUGAAUUACGGUUCCCUUCUUCGUGUUUUGGACCAGAGCAAUCACUGUCUAUGGAGAUUUGGAUGAUACAAGGUAUUUGCAACAUUUUUAUUCAAUUGCGGGAACCAAACCCGAACUUCCAGCACGUGAAUAAACCAUUUAAGCAAUAGAGGACGUCUUCCGUGUUUCUCCCAACUUCCCCGAGUGUUUAAAUGAGGCUAUGGAAACACGGAAAAAAGUCCUCUUUUGCUUUUAUAAAAUAUUUCUCAAAGAUAAUUCGACAAAUGAAGGAAGCAAAUGAACGAAAAUUCUUGAUUUAAACCGAUUUUCUUGAUACACACUCAUAUUUCCUACCAGCCAAUCAAAACGCGCGUCUGACGGCUUAUAACCAAUCAAAAUUAGUUUGAUGUCACAGCCGUGUUUCCAUACUCUUAUCUUAACACGGCUAUUGACCAAUGAGAGUGCACGUACUAUCCUAAUUAGUUUAUAAACCGGAUCAGUCCACAUGAAGUGUUGCUGUCGUGAUUAAUAGGCAUGCCUGCUAAGUACAUGAAUUUAUUUUUCCAGAAACAAAAAGAUGCAGCUUAAAAUAUACUACCACGCCGAUUUUCGUAAGUUUAUCGUUUUAAACUGGUGUUUUUACAGUUGAAAGAAAGUAUAAGGAUUUGUGUGGGAAAAGGGCGCUUUGCCCUCCACUCACGCUUCAAUGAUGUUCAUACAAAUCCCUGUAUUUUCCCAAGUUUUCAGAUCGCUUUUAAUUUUUUCUUCGCUGAUUGACAGUCUGAAAAUUUCCACCCUUGCACAUUUAUUCUCGCUUAUUUGACCUUUGGUAAGAGUAGGAAUCUUAACUCUGUUUUUGGCGCUUAAUUAUGGAAAAUUCCAGUGGAGGACGAAAGCUUUUCGUUCGUAAAGUAAAGUAUGGAAAUUUCGAGUGUGGGUUAAAUGAUUAUAAGAUCUCUACCUUAGGUGGUAUUUCUCUGAAAAUGUGUGUUCUGGCUAAGUCAAACACAGUCUUUCCAUUCCUGGAAUUUAUAAAGCCCGAGUCACGUCACUAAUUGUUGCAAAAGGCCUAUUAAUGCAGUCUAUUAUUUAUUGAUUUGGUUAUGACGGACAAGGUUGGAGGGAAGGGGCGGGCUUAAAACUUUCUUCUUCUGAAAAGGAGGGGCUCAUUAUCUAAAUGCGAUGAACUUUCUAACUUUCAUUUAAAGCAAAUCAAAUAUUGGUUGUUCCAUGAGUGGGAAAACCCAAAGUAGUGGGGAAAAUUUGUCAGAGCAGACAAGAAAAGCAAGCUCAACCCGCGGCCGAAUUUGACGUUGUGCGCGCCCCUCCGACACCCCCACCCCAGAUGCUGGGACUCAUGGUUUGGUAUAGGGCAUAUGUUUCAACAACUUGCCAACCCAUCUCCCCUUGUGAUUAUGAUGACAACGAGGGUGACAACAGAAGCGACGAUGAAGGUAGAAUACAAGCAGUUCCUCUUUUGCCGCUUAGUCGAGCUCAAGGAGAAAGAUGAUAGGCACGAGAAAAAAAUUGCCGCUCGAAAUCUGGAUUCAAGGAGGAGCCAUUUUUUUCUCGCGCCUAUCUUCUCCUCGCGCUCGAGUUACUUGGCGGCGAGGGAUUACUCGUAGUCUACGAUGAAAUGAAUGCUCAUGAAAUACGAUUGUCACUUUUUUGAAAACUUUAUACGUUUUUUUUUCCCUCCAAGAGAUGGGUGCUUUCAUGGAAAUUCUUCGCUGUAUGGACUCAUUUAAAGAAGUUUAAUAGGUUUUUUUGCAACAUUCUUGAGACAGAGGUGUAAUGUAUAUUCCUUGAGACAGACGGUGUAAUGUACAAAUGAUGGUGGACGAACAAAGGAUGAGAUAUCUUUUGUUUUCGUCCGCCAACAUGGCGGCAAUGGCGUAACGUGAAAUUUAUCCCGCCUAUAAAUGCGGUUUUCCGCGUUCUAUGGCUUGGAAAUUCUAUUCAAAACAUACGGAGGGUUCGGACAAUAGAUAAAAUGGAAAAAAAAAAUUCAAUGCCUGAGUUUCGCUUCAGAAACGCGAAUUCUCAAACGGUGUACAAACGCUUGUCAAUGAUAUAAGUAUAAUAUAUUUUGUUUGUAACCAACCUCUUCAGACGAAGUUUACAGCAUCAUAGGUACAAAACUUGCUUGUUGUUUGCUUGCUUGUUUUUUGUUGUCCGUGAGUCGAAGAGGAUGACGUGUCCAAACAAAUAACUUGUCCCGUGCUAUUAUUACUACUUAUACUUACUUAUCCUCAUUGGGCCCAUGAGGACUCUUAAGGCCGGCCAGAAGAUUGCGCCAUCCAUUCCGGUCUGCCACCCCGUGCUAUUACCGUGUCCCAAAUCCACUUGCUUGUGAAGUCUGAGACUCGGCUUUGACCACGUGACUGGUUCAUGACAUUCUUAUUGGCCACAUACCAAAACCCGAGAAUAGGCUCAACGUGGGUCAACUUUUCCUUGCUUUUUCAAUUAAAUAAAAAUGCUUCUGCCAUAUUUUCAUAUUAUUUCAUUUUUUCAAUACAUAACUCAUAACUAAAGAGAAUGUCAGAUGUAAGGUCUUGUUGUGUAGUUUAAAAACAAAAUAAACAUUUCAUCUGGAAAUCUCAGCGUUUUUCACGAAAUUCGUGAAUUUGAUAAUUUCACGCUUGCCUUCUGCACGGACUUUUACCAAAAUGUUCAUCGGGCACGUGAAGCGUACAGCACGUGUUUUCAAAGCAUUUUUUUGCGUAGUCGUUACAUAUUUGACACAGUAGACACAGAUUUUUCCCAUUAUGAUCAUGCAUUGACCUUGCCAGACAAAUCAUGGAAUAAUUUGGGCGACGCCCUAUUGCGCGCAAUUUGCAUUCAGAAGAGUAGAUUUGCAAGGGACGUCAAAUUAGCAACAAUAGCACUGACUUUCACAGCGAAAGCACACCGGUUACGUUUUCCUCGUGUAGAUGUUGCAAACAUGAGGUAAAACGUGGCACACUUUGUUGUCACUUCGAUGAAGCAUUGGAAUUUACACCUACUAGCCAAUCAGCGACCUUCGUGAACGAAAUAAAUUGAGGCCCAAUUUUGGAGACUCAUCGCUUCGCCUUUGGGCAUACAGCCUUUCGCCUUUGCCGAGGAAGUUUAUGAACCUAUCAUUGCUGGAAGAAGAAGUGAACUUGACGAAUAUAAAGCUGCGUUCCAGGCUCAAGGACGACUUCGGAGAAGACAAAUUAAAAGACGGACCAGAUCAAAGGUGAAGUAUGUACGUGCAAAAACAAGUGCGAGGGGCACAAAGUCAUCACAUUUAAGUGGGGCAAUUUUUUUGUUUUCUGGUUUAUUUCUCUUGAGAAUUAGCUCUCGUUAAGUGAAUUUUGCGGUGGAAGAUUCAAGGUUUUCUUCGUUAUUCCAGUCUAUAUUAUAUGCCGUCGCAGCAUUCGGUUGUCUAGAAUAUCUUCUAAAAAUAGCCCUCAAAUCUUGGAUACCAAAGGACUUGUUGGAACGUUCCCAAAUACUGCUUUCCAAAUUUUGACUAGAAUAAAGCGAAUUUUGUCUAUAACAAACGCAGUGAACAAACGUGUAUUAUGUCGUUGCGCUGUGCAAACCUAGGAAACAACUUCUCUCCACACUACUUGCCGGGGAGAGCGAGCGAAUGAUUUGGAUGUUACAGUCACCGUGAAAUUUCCUUAAAUAAACCGAGGUUCAUAUCGUUUCUUUAAAGAUCGGACUCGAUGCAAAUUUUGACUCAAAUUUAAUGCUAUUACCUUCUCUCUUUUAAAAGUGUACAACCGCUUUCAUUCACGUAUUCACUAUCACCCACAGCCAGACUUGCAAACAUAAAAAAUUCUGGUCCUACCCGCUCUGAGUUCGAGUAAACCAAAUCCUAGAAUAACCUUCGACCACUCGUUAAAUUACGCACUCCUUUCAAUUACUUCAAGGGAAGAAAUAUUAAUACUAUUUUUUAGGUGAAGCACGCUUAAAAUUUAGUUUUAAAUUCCAUCUUUUUUUAAAGAAAAGUGACAAAACUCCUUACAUUGCGAUGCCUUGGUCCCUGCCUCCCAUCAUAAGGCAAGCGAAUGAAAGCCACAGAAAAGCAAACAAGCUUAGGUAUGCGGACACCUGAUAAUAAAAUAUCCACUUAAGGACGGUGCCUACUAAUUCAAAGGUAUUUUUGCCCGGGUUUAUGAUUAUGCAGAAAAUGUAGAUCUGUUCAAGUGUUUUCAAACAUAAUUGAUGAAUAAUAUUUGUAAAAAGCUUUAAAAUACAAAGCAAUGUAUGGCGUAAUUUCUCAAAUUGAAGCUUAAUUAUCUCUCAAAUGCAUGGUUACCCCCAAUUUUCUCUUUGGAUACCAAGAGUACUUACACAAAGAUCUACUUUCUCCGGAUAGUUUUAAACCGCACAAAAUAUCCCUGUAUUAAUAAAACGGCUUGGAAACUAAAAUUUGAUAGCAUUUUGUUUUGAAUGAGGGUAUGGGCAUGAUUUUCAGUUGAACAUGCCUAGCGAGCGUAAAAAUCGCAUCCAGUCUGAGGAUUAAUGAGAGAGGGCAAAUUUUAUAUAUUUAGGCAUGACAAAAUUCAAGGGAACAUUGGUACUUAGAAAUAACAUCUCCUAGGCAUGGAAAAAUUGGGUUCAUGCCCUCGCAGCCCAAAAUUGACCCAGCUAAACUUAGGUCCCAGAUCUCUCGCCGGGUUGAUAAUUCAUUCCCAGUUUUUGCUCCUCUGGUUUGGCAUGCUGGGCAUGCCGAUCGUGAAGCCAGUUGGUUUGACAUGCCGGGCAUGAAAUUGGCAUGCCCAGCGAGACUGAUUUUGAUGUUCGCUUCAGCAUCAUAUCCUGAGAAUCACAUAUAAUCACCAAAUAUAUCUUAGGGAGCUUGAAAUUACAGGUUUCAUGCCUGGCAAUAAAUGCAGAUUGUAACAAGAAAAGUCAUGUUUGUCACAUUGUAUGUCACGGGAUCGACUGGCAAAACUGAAGACAAAAGCUUGGAUUUAUAAAUAAAAAGCACAACAAAACAACAUUAUUCAUGCAUAAAAUAGAAUACUUCACUUGCAAUCAAAGAUUAAUCCUUUUAUUUCAAACCGAUACUGACAUUUCUGGGUCCAGAUUUAAAUUUGAUCGCGGAAAAGCGUUUCAAACAAUAAGAUAACAAAUCUUCUCAGUAUAAACUUAUCCAUGCUUAAGUUUUAUCGCGUCGGAAAGUUUCCCAAUCAACAGCAUUAAAAGACUGGUGAAAAUUAAGCUUACCAGGUCGUUCAAGUCAGUACGAGAGUACGACGUUAAUGCUGCAAAGACGUUCUGAUUUGGUGAAUUUGGACUGCCUUCUUAGAUAGAAUUUGGUUAGGUUUUCAGUGCGCUUCUUGUCGGCUAUGCGAAUCUCGCAAACUGUUUUACUCCUUGCUGACGAUAGUCCUUUGAGCAACGUCAUCUGCUUCAUCCGAAGAUACCCCGAGCAAGCACGAAAUCGGCCGAAUUUCCGCAGAAGUGUUUUCGGAUGACGAUGAAUCUAGUUUGUUGUACAGUGUUGUAGAGUGGCAGUUGUGGCGUCACGAUGUCGUCAUGUCUCUUCGCACUUGUUUGUCUUUUUUUUCUGCGGUGCAUGGUUGAGAUGUUGGUGAAUGCUGGACAAGAAAUGGAUUUUGCGAGAGACUGUAAGUACAAAUUAGUAUUAAUUUGUAGAGAAAAAGCCUGAAUAUCGAACAAAUCCCGUGAAUUAGCUUUUUGGCAUUCAGUUUAUCUUGCUGUUGAGCAUGCCUCAGAACUCCGGCAUAAGUGGUUGUCAACUCGUUCACUUCGGAUUGUUUCUGUUUGUACGUCUUGUAAUCUUCUUCUGCUGCUAAAAAGACUAGAGAAAACUUCAAAAAUAUAGAAACCAAAGCUAAAAAAAGUCAGGUCUAAUUUUAUAGCUCGAGCAUAAUUACUUUUGGCACCUACGGUCAUAUUUUUUCACUGUACUGGUAAAGUUACUUAUUUUUGCUGCAUAGUUUGACUGUUGUUUGAAAGACAAUCAAACGGAUAUUACAAUCACUUUUGGAGACAAAAUGAAAUAUCCGUAAAUCAAAUGCCAAAAUCAGAGUUGGAUUUCGCUUUAAAAAAAAUGAACAUGCUCAAGGUGUCAAUGCAAAGUUGUAAACAACUCUGCAUAUAAGCAGUCUGUGAAUGUGCCUUUAGGUCCACAACUAAUUUUUCUUUUGGACAUCUCAUCCAAGCAAAGACUUAAACUUACAUUGCUUGUCUGCGAGUGUACUACAAAGUGCUUUGCUACAGUAAGCCUCUGAGAGGUGAUUCUGGUAAAUUUAUAGGACGCUAAAACUGGCUGGGUCCGACUUUUGAAUUACAAAAUGUUCACGUUUGCCGGCUCUACUUUAAAUGAACAUGGUUUGAAAUGAUUUUUUACUAUUUCAACUCGAAAAUUAUGAUUGGGUUAUAAAGCUUUUAAAAAGGACGAAAACUAAGCUAAUAAACAUGUUCAAUGUAAAAAACUAAGAUUUAUUCGUUUUUUCAACUUUGCUUUGUGGGCCGAAAAAUUUACCUUUACGCAACAACAAAAGCAAACAAUGAGGCUUUUAUUCGACAUAUUUUGUGAGAAUUUUAUCUGAUCAAUUUAAUAUCACUAGCAUUGUUUUCGUAUAGGAAUUUUCUUAAUUAUAUGAGCUUUUAAUUUAAUAAUUUUGAUACUUUAUAAACUUCUCAUUUGAUAGCUUCACUUUUUUAUACACCGAUUGAGAAACAAAUUCGCUCUCGUUAAAUCCUAUUUUAUGACCUGUUUAUUAGGACUCUAGGUAACAUGUGAAAUGAUGUAACCGGACAGGCUUUAACCUUUGGUCCUAAUCAUAAUUAAUUGAGUGGAAUGGUUAUGAAACCCGUCAGACUCCUUUGUUAUAUGUUUUUGUGGACCAGAAAGUGCACAACGUUCAAAAGAAUUCCUAUCAUUUUGAUUGUAUUGACCAAUAAAAACGUUGCAUUAAUUUAUUCCGUAACAAUUUGCCAACAGAAAACAAAGGAUUGUGCACUUUCAGGGUGCUUCCAACAUAAACUGCAGCACUGUUGUUUUUAUCAUUGAUGUUUGCCGCUUUUCAUAACCAGUCUCCUCUAAUAACUAUGUCCUAAUGUAUUUUUUCUUCGCAACCCCUAAUCAGUUGACGGGCCAUGAGAGAAUAUCGCCACAAAAAGAAGCGAAAAAUUUUUCGCUAAGUUUCCUUUACAUGUUCCGGCUUUAUAUGGGUCUACGCCUUACCUGCUUAAAAAUGAAACUGUUGUUCAAGUGUCAGUCAAACUCGGGAUAAUCUUGAUUUGCAAACCCAAAUGCAAAGGUUUAUUUCGCAGAGCCGAAGAGCAUGUAAACAUCAUCGAACAACGCAAUGUAAAUUGGCUAAUGUGAAACCACGUUUCUUUCACAUAUUUACCAUGUAUUUAUCUCAAUUGCACACUCUUGUGAAAUUAGCCUUAGACAAUUAGUUGCGACCUCUCACAGACUCAACAAGCCAGUAUGAAAAUGUGUUAAGAGAAGCUGAGUCUACAUGUUCUAUUUCUUUUUUUCAUAUUGCCCUUGCAUGUGUUAACAUUCCAUUUCUUUUUUGUUACAGGUAACUUCCAGACAUGACGAGGAGAUAAUUACUUUUCUAGAGAGCAAUUAUUUGAUACUGUCAGUUAUUACUGACUUACUUUAAAAACAAAGAACACAGACACUGGUAAUGACACAAAAACACUAAUCCCUGGCAAGCCUACAAAACAGGAAAGAGGAAGUCAGACUCCUUAUCAAAAUGUGAAACAAGAUAAAAACAGCUUCUCUAACGUAGGGAAAAUUGCAUUAGAGAGAUUUAUAAUUGCAACGUUAUAUUCAAGCACAUUGCAUUGUCAAACAUCAUAAUUUACUGAAUGAUGAACAGUGAUUUUGGGGCUUAGCUCAGUUUGUAAUGAACUUUGAAAGAUAUUCUAUAACCAUGUAUUUUUAAAAGCUUUCAUGGAACAUAGAUGCAUUUUAUUAUACAAUGAAAAUAGUCUCUGUCUCUCUUUUUACUGAUUUCAGUCAAUUCCAUUUUAUUCGCAAUGUGAAAUGGGAAUCCUAUUGAAGACUCAUUAAAAGGGGUGAGGAGUUUUUACAAUCCCCCAACAGGUCAUCUCCACGAUGACGCUGUUUUAUUACUACGGCAGAAUCCCUCAGGGUUUUACUUUCUUGUGAAAAUUAGAGCUUUUAUUAUUUAAACUUCGCUGGGACAACCAAAUGGAAUAGCAAUGACGACAUCGUGUAACCGUACAUCAAAAGAUAAGCACGGUGAUCUGUUUAGUUUUUUUUUUUUUUAGCCAGGCUUAAAAAAUCUGUAGAUUCAAGGAAUUAUAACCUGUGCGUUGAGAGCAUGCCAGAGACCGAUUUUGGCAUGCCCGGCAUGACCCAGAUUAUGGCACGCCCGGCAUGCAAGAGAAUUUGGCAUGCCGGGCAUGUCAGAGAAUUUGGCGUGCUGGGCAUGCCAGAGAAUUUGGCAUGCCGGGCAUGCCAGACAAUUUGGCAUGCCCGGCAUGCCGGAGAUUUUGCUGGGUAUGAAUUAAUUAUUACUAGAACCUAGGCUUGUCGCGGCCUGGGUGAGAAGGUCACGGAACCUCAAAUUAUGCUUACAGGGCAUGCGAAAUUCUGCUGCAUGCCAAUUUCAAUGCAAAACCACUCUGGGGCCACCCCCUCUAUUACCAGUGAGUAAAUCAUUGACGAUAGGCAUGGGAAAAAUCCUUGCAUGCUAACCAACAUUGAAAACGUAGCAGAAAUGUCCUCAGUUGCUCAGUCAUGCCCUAGGGGAGGCUUAAAAGUACAGAAUUUCCAGACACGGAUGAGGGAAUGUUCCGGAAACAGCAUGUGAUCAUGCCGGCUAGGACGUAUUGCCUCCGUAUUGCCCCUUUUUACAGCUACCUAGGCUCAUUUUUAGGUUCCAUGGCCUGAAAUGACGAAAAAUUCAUGCCCUAAAUGUAAAAAGUCCAAAAACGUCCUCGAAAUUUUAGUUUCCAAGCCGUUAUUAGCCGUGGUAUGUAUGGUGGGCAUUAAUUUGGAAAAAUUAGCAUGACGUCAAAACAGUAAAAAAAACGCGGAUUGUAUAUUUUACAUUGUGAUUUUUUAAACUCUAUCCUAAAUCACCAAUAAAUUUUUACAGUACCAAAAAUUAUGGUUAGUUUGCUGAUAUUGUAAAUACAUUUGUCAGAACACAACUGGACUCUUUUUUCAAUACAUAAUUAAUUUCAACGUCAGCGUUCUUUUUUGAGAAUCCGUUCACAGCCUCAUCGGACAAAAUCCAAGGCAAUCAUUUUCACUUCAAUAUAACUGUGAAAACAGGUUUUGCCUUGACAAAAGUGUAUAUCGACGGACGGGCUAAAACUCUCUGGGAAAGGCCUUUUCCUGGGGACAGUCACUGGCUGCGGGAAGGGACGGAAUCUCUUAUGCCUGCUGAAUACCCUUGAGACAAUGAAGACAAUGAUCACAACAGAACUUGGCUCCAAUGUAGAGGUUUAAUCCAAGACUAUACUGCGGGUACAGUCAAAACAUAACCAAAGAAAAUCUUACAAAACACCAGUAUUUGGUCUAAGCUGAUGACGCGAUACAGACUAAUCAUGUACUAGAGAGGUAGAUAAGAGAACACAACAAUGAUUUCUAAAAGACUAUUUGUGGAAAGCUAAGCUUGUUUUGAAACAUUAAUUACUUCCAAUGCUUCACAGGUGGAUAACGGCUUCUCACAGGUUGAUUACAGCUUGAAGAUUAAAUAAAAUAUUGACUUGACAAAUAAGUUUACGCUCAAUAAAUCAACAGGUUGUUUACGGCGUAAAGAUGUUAAGACUAAAGAAUAAAGGAUUUCUACAUUGGCUUUUCAUAUUUUUAUCAGCGAAAGCAAAAUAACUGAAUAACAAUAAAUUCUCUCUUCACAUAACAACAAAUGACUAUGUUGACUUAAACUGAAUUGGUAUAAAGUCGAUAACGUCUAUACAUGUAAUGAGCAACAAUCUGUUUUAUCAGUGUUUUUAACAGCACAAGUGGCAAACCCAGCAAAUUUCCUCGAAUUCUUCCUCGAUCACUUAGGUAUUACCAUCAGUAUACAGAUAUUCUUAGUUGGAUUGUAGAACUCCCUGAUAAAGUGUGCGUUAGUCACACGAAAUGCGUAGGAGAUAAAACUAAAACAGUUUUUACAACUCAAAAAUUUCGCAAAAGUGCUGCUCACUGGUUUAUCCCUUUAAAAAUAUUCUAAAAAUGUUCUGUACUUCAAAAACAUCACGUUUCCACCACGUUUUAAAAGCAGUAAAUUGCGGUGAUACUGUUGAUAUCUUCACGUAAGUGCACGUCAGUAUUGCUUCUGGAAUGCAUGACAUUUGGGGAGGCAACAUUUCAAGUGGACGUUAAGGAGUGGGGGGAGGGGGGGGGGACUGACCUAAACGUCCAAUUGACGUUUAAUAAGCAGGGGGGAAAGUGAAUAUGUCGACGGCCCCUAACUCACUAAGGAAUAGAUCUGGAAGUCCAAUGAUUUCUUAAACCGCGGUCUAAGUUAGACUUCGUUUAACUAACCGACCAUAAGUCUCCUAAAAGGCUUGUUUUAGGAAUAGGGAAUCUGUUAGAGCAUUUCACAACAACAUUUACUGCGGUUUACCUGUCGGUCUGCACCAAGUCUGCAGUCUGCGUUUGCUGUACGUUUAUCAGUGCGAUAGCAUAAGCAAGUUAUUGACCAGCCAGCGAAGUUUCAUUUAACACAUUGCCAAGAAAAACAUAUAAGUUAGGCAAGAUCUGUUUCACGUCACAUUGACAUUAAAAGAAAAGCGUAUUUAACCUGUUUCACCCUUUUAUCUAGCUGCCGGGUGUUUUUGGAGAUACAGGGAAAAGAUCAGUGUAUUUGUUUUAAUAGUAUUCUUCCUUAUCCCUAAGUAUUACAUGAUGAUAACAUAACAACUAAAGACAUUCAGCGGUACUUACAGUUUUGGAAUGUGGACUUGAAGAGUUUCGAAUUUUUGCCAGGUAAACGAUAAAAAGCUAAGCCGGAAGAUCCCGAACUUUGUCCAUAACACGAUAAUACGUAAAAAAAAAGGUGAUCACCGCAAAGCCUUAAGACCAAUGCAUAUUUUACAACGAUUAUCGACUGAGGCGGAAAAAGUUUAAGAAUAAACAACAUGGCAAGUGAGCUCGAUCUACGUGUGGUCUCCUCGCCAAAAUCACUCCAAAUUCAGUGUAGACACAUGCUUAUCGUCAGCACUGUAUGUUGUGCUACAAUAACCCCGCAAAAGGUUUACAUCAGAACUGUUAGAAAGUUUCCUGUUAACUCAAAGGCUUUCCGUUGGAAACUUCUAACCGUGCACGGCUGAAAACCACGAGCCCACAAAGUAAGGUAACGUUUGCGGUCUUUAACUCGUGUUUCCUCUUUCGACAUUUACGUUAACGCCUGAGAGCAAAUAAGGACCUUUCUGUUGCUGUGUAAAAAAACAAUACUGUCCAUGUCUUCAAAUAUGCUAUGGCAACAGUUUACUUUUUUAAGCCAAACUGAGAACUCGUUCUUGCAGUAAAGUUUCUCUGCACUAGUAGGAGCUUGUCAUCCCGAGUUUGAUCUUACUCACUCAUUUUUUCUGUAGCCAAGAAGCCAUAAUGCUGCGUCGUCAGACAAUCACCGCAAACGUUUCGCAGCAAAAUUAAGACAGUAGUCGUACGUCGUAGGUAGUCAGUCAGGCAAUCACCGUAACAGUUUCACACCAGAACUGGUUCAAAGUUUCGCAGCAAAAGCCAGUAGUCAGAGGUAGUCAGUCAGGCAAUCACAGUAAAAGUUUCACACCAGAACUGGUGCAAAGUUUCGCAGCGAAAGCCAUAGGUCGUUCGCAGUUAGUCAGGGAAUCACCGUAAAAGUUUCACACCAGAACUGGUGCAAAGUUUGGCAGCAA